AUAAACUUCCUGUAUGAACAUCCAGAGCCUCUCUUCCACCGGUCCGUCAACAUGGGGCGAGUCAGGACAAAGACAGUCAAGAAGGCUUCCAGGGUCAUUAUCGAGAAAUACUACACACGCCUGGGCAAUGACUUCCACACAAACAAGAGGGUGUGUGAGGAGAUCGCCAUCAUCCCCAGCAAGCCUCUGCGCAACAAGAUAGCAGGGUAUGUGACUCACCUGAUGAAACGCAUCCAGCGCGGUCCAGUCAGAGGAAUCUCCAUCAAGCUGCAGGAGGAGGAGAGAGAGAGGAGAGACAACUACGUCCCAGAGUUUUCUGCUCUGGACCACGAGCUCAUCGAGGUGGAUCCUGACACAAAGGACAUGCUCAAGAUGCUGGAUUUCGGUGGCCUCUCCAACCUUCAAGUCACUCAGCCAACUAUUGGAAUGAACUUCAAAACUCCACGAGGAAUGUAAUCAUGUUGAAUAAACCUUGUGAUAAAUAGACUUAAUUGUUAAAA